AGCAUGUCCUCCGUGCACCCCUCUGCAUCAACAUCCCUGCAUAUUCAAUAACUGAAGCCAUGGAGCUGACAGGACUAAUUGUGUGAUAGAGAGGAUGGGUUUUCGCAUAUGUACAAUUGCCAAAUGUGCCACGAUUAUCUAUGUUGUCAAUCUUAAUUACAAUACCCAACCACAAAGAUCACUUCCAGUGGGUUCACCUUUGUGAUAGCUGAGCGUUUAACUUAGUUUCUGACCUGGAACAAUUUUCUGUACUGUAUGAGGUUAAAAAGUAAUGAAAGAUGAAGAAGAAGAAGAAGGAUAGUUCCUAUAUUAUAAGUAUGUUGCACAUUUCAAAAACACGCUUUUGUAUUAGCUGAACGACAACUUCCUGGGUGCAAUUGUUGUCACCUUAGCAGUGUAGCCUUCCUGACCAGUACGGUGUAGUCACACCUUUGGACCUUGGAAUGGUGACGACUGUCUUAUAAAGUGGGUGUGAGUUGUUACAAUUUACUUGACCAAGCAGGACAUGGAAUAGUUCAACACUACAAGGGAGUCGAGGAUGAUGAUGAUGGCGGAGCCUCCGGAGCAGCCAGACCCAGGAGGCCGUGCGCUGCUGUGUUUGGGCCGCAGGGACACCAGUCGCCUCUUGGAGGCGUACGUGAGGCGGAGCCUGAGCCUGAACGACGGGUCCCCCCCCAGGCGGCCCAAGGCCUCGAAGUGGACGGCCGUGGCCAAGAGGCUGAGACCCGGCACCGUCAGGUCCUCCAGCGAUGGCUCCGCCCACCUGUGGAGGCGGAGACUGGGCGGCGCGGGGCGGGUUCCCUCCCCCGCCGAGGCCCCGCCCACGGGACGCCCCCCCAAGCCCUCGCUGGCCGGCGGCAGCUUGCGGAGGAACGACAGGAAGGAGAAGGGCUCGUCGACGCUGAAGGGCUUCCUGGACCUGUUCUCCAGGAAGGCCCGGGAGCCCCGCAGUGAGAGGACGGGGGCCUGUGGGGCCCCGGACAGCCCCGCCCGGUCCGUCUCCCCUACUUUUCAUUUUCAGGGCGGAGUGGAGCAGCACUCCCAGCGGGGCCCGACGUCCUCGGGAAAGAGGUGCUCCGUUCUUACGCUGUCCCACCACAGCCCAGAAAGCGCCCAGACCCAAAGGGCACCCUCUUUCCGAAUUCUACCUGGGACAGAACAAGCAGAAGCAGUGGUUUCCGUGGAGCCCACCAGUGCGUACUACGAGAACGUGUCGCAGGAGCUGGAGCGCAUCGUGAAGGAGGUGAAAGACAGCCCGUCUGAGGAGGUCCAGCCGUGCUUCGCUGGAGCUCGGAAGAGGGCCAGAACGGGGGCCGCUGAAGCAUUAUCUUCAGAUGAGGAAACCAUCGAGAAGAUCAUCAGUUUGUUAAAGCAACAGGGAGAUGACUUCAAUGUGAGGAUUAAGGAGAGCGCUGGAGCGAGCUCCUUCUUCCAGAGCCUGUCGUACGGCGCUUUCCGCCAGCUGGCCGACCGCUACGUGGAGGAGGAGGUGCCCAGCGAGCUGCCCGCAGACACCGCCGCCCCCGAGCUGGUCAAGUUCGCCUUCACCCUGGACUUCACCGCCAAGGUGGCCGGCCUCUCCAACCAGGCCGUCAGCCGCAUCAUGGGCUUCGGGAACCAGUACCUGCAGGACCGCUUCACCCAGAUGAUCAAGGCCCAGGUUCCGGUAUCUCGAGACGAGGCAGUUCAAAGUUUCAUGGAUCCAGACUGAUUGCGCUGAACUCCGGGAAAUGAAGAACCAGAUGAGAACAAUGCUCCUCUCCUGGGACCUGCUUGGCAGUCUCGUGAAAGAAGCACCAUUAGCUGGGAUGUUUUUCUGUUUCCUCCUUUCUCAGAAAAUCCCACGCUGGAGAAAUUUCGUUGAAACCCACAUCUGACGCUCAGGAGGUGGGUGGUUCUCAGCUCUCGGCCCGCCGGCUACACGUGGCCCAGUUUGAAUAUGUGGGCCGGCCAGUUCUGAGACUAAUAGGCCACUUUUAUUUUCCAGUCAGUGGAAAGAAAAUGACAGAAAAAGUGUGAUGCAAUAUCUUUUUUUUCCCACUGAUGCACUGAGGUGACAAUAAAGGAGUUUAUGAGUCUGAAACUUGGAACGCACACCUGGGGAAAUUAGGCUAAGAGGCCACAAGUUGAGCUCUACAUUAAAAACGGUGGAGACCUGUGAUUUACUGGCAGAAAGAGGAAGUACACCUGGGAACCGUUUCAUUGCAGGCAUGUUCUGUGAGAGUGAAAGCAAGACUGCAGCUGUAUCAUCCCAUGGUCUGUCAUGUUGUCUUCUGCCACCAUGACAUUUAAUAGAAGCUGUUGUUGUACAGUUCUCUAUUUUUUUUGGCACAGGAUGUAGACAAGACUGAAUUCCCUGAAAGCACAAACUGUUUUUGUUCCUGGUUGAGAUUUGUUUGCCAUGCCUAAAAUUACAACAACAACAAAAAACCUACAACUGAUGCAUUUAAUGCAAAAUGGCUGCUCAAUAGCUGAUGCUAACAUGGUGCCCUAUUGGUGUGCCUUUGAGUAUCAGUCGUUUAUUAAUAUAGAAAGCCUAACCAGGAUGAAUGACCGUAUUGUGUGAAUUAUGUAUUGCCGACAGGCCUUUUAUUGUGGCAUCGGGAUGUUGGGCGAAUGACUGUAUCCUAGCGAAUCACAGGACCCAGCAUGUGACUCUGUGCUGUAAAUGUGAUUGGCCACGCCAGCGCACCAUGCCUCUCCAGAGCUGUGACGCAAAAUGUCAACUUAAUUUUUUUGUUUCUGUUUAAGAUUUUUUUUUUUGGUACAAAUUUGAAUGUUGUGCAAUUUCAUAAGCAGGAUUUUGUAUUACUGUGUAUGCAGGCAUACACAAGCUCAGCCGAUCCAUCAUCUUUGAAACAUGUUCUGCACACACUGAUAGCUGUGUAAAAAUAUGAGCUUAUAUGAAUUAAAAUCCAUAGACAAUUAUUCAAAUCAAAUGACUGGAUACUCUUUAUAGACACUCUGUAUGUACCUACACUCUUAUAAAUAAAGACACGACUCCCAGAUGUA